ACUAAACCAAGUUCUGCGCUGAUGCUAACAGGAGCUGGCGCCGCUGCUAAUGGUAGGGAAUUACAUCUGUUGAUCAACCAGUUUGUGUAGGGUUUGGAAGGUCUCCACUUCCUGAUCACGGCUAGAGGUCAUAGUUCACAACAGUCAGUGUCAAGUGUCAGUGGUAAUCAUGCAGCCAGGAACACUCUUAUGCUGCCUUGCCUUUGUGGUUUUUGUGGCAACAUGUGAGGGUAUGGAGCUGCGUCCUCGCACUACCAGUACACCACUGCCUCCUCGUAGAGAGAGAUUGCCAUACACUCCGGUCCGCAACAGUACCAGGAAGGAGCGACUUCCUUACACUCCUGUCAAACCUACCACACAACGGCCAGGCAUACUCAACAGAGUAACAACUAAGAGGAUCCCAUUUCCCAAAGCAACAUCACCCAAGCCCUGUCCUUGUCAGUGUAACACAACUAACUACCGGCCGGUGUGUGCUGUGGAUGGAUCGGAAAAAGACACCUUCCCCAACCAGUGUCAACUGGACUGUCACAACUGCACCAUGAAUAAGCGCUUCAAGGUAAUUGCUCAGGGAGAGUGCAGCAGAUGAACAUAAGGAGUUACUUCAAUAAAAAAUCGUUACUGUUUAUAAAUUUUAUUUUUACAUAUUUGUACAUAGGUAGUUUUGUAUUUGUUUUUUAUGUGUCUAAACCUCAAAAUACAUUGAAAUAAAAAUGUUUAAAUAAAGUGAAA